AUGCAUUUGAAUUUGACUGGUACCUUGAUGCAGCAUCAAGCAAGGUGCAUGAGAAGACAAACAAACUUGAGCAAAGCACUGCACUGCACAUGCAGAGCAAAGCAUUGCACAAGACUCCCCAUUCACUUUCAAGCUGACCAGAGCUAGCAGAGCCUCAGAGAGGAGCAGAACGGGCAUUCUUCUGGUCUUUCCUUGAUAGCUCUUUCUGUGUCCUCGAGUUGUGUGGCCAGGUCACCCGUAAGGUCUUCUGUACUACCUCGAUCAUCGGUUUCUUUAGCUUGAUAAUUGCGUGUCACCAACUGCUACAGUGCUAGCUGACGCAAUGUGCUAAGGUGGGGCUGAAGCUGAGGGGGUUUAAGAAAAGGGACUUUCUUGCCUCAUUCAGUCAACUCACUGACAUCUCACUGAGACCGCCAUCUCAGGAAUCAGGACCUGGACUCUGGAGAAGCCACGUUCGACCUUACCACAACAUUAGCUUGCUGAAUUGCUAGACUGUGAAUGGUUCUUGUGCUCAAAAGUGAAGCACUUUCAGAUAUACAGUUGCCCAAUCACCCCCAAUAGAUCGUAGUAGAGUUGUGCGGAAUAGGUUAUUUUAAGUCUCUUCCUAUCAUGAGGUUCUGAGAAGCGAAGCGCAGCAAAUGUCUGGUUUCCACCACCACCACAAUGAGCACCACGGCCACCUGGACGCCCUCGUCCACAGUGCGCUCGACGUGGGGGGCGUUCUCACGCAUGAUGACGAGUCUGAAGACAACGCGGACGAUCAUCGCGAGCUGCAGGAAGAUGUCCCACACCGGAGCGUCAACAGGAGGGUCCGAUGCGCGCUCUACUAUGGGAGUCUGUCAGGAGACAGCUGCGUGCGCAUCCUCAGCUGUGGGGAUACUUUCGAGAAGUUUCAUUCUGCGGUGACCAAGUGGGUCGAAACAAAAUCGCUGUCAACUGGCAAGUUGGAGCAGUUCACGAUGCAGUACAGGGACCCCAUUGAAGCAGGCGCCGAGGACGCCCCCUUGCUGCGCAACCUGUGCUCGGAGGACGACUGGGAUGCAGCCCUCCAGGACUUGUACAUGCUUUCGACCAUGGAGGAGGGGCGCGCCGCUGUUGGAGCCGUUGGGAGCAUGCUCGUACGGCUAGACGUCCUCGUGCGGGCCGCGGACGACGCCGAGGCCAAGCGCUCGGGGAAGGCGAAACCGGCAAAGCUUUCCAGCUACGUCCCGCGGAAGACGCACCCGGGGGAUCCCCCCGAGGAGGAGCCCCCCCGCAAGCGCGGCCGCCCGAAAACGGAACACCCGGGAGAGGAGGUCCUGUCACAGCUGCUGCCGGCGAAAGAGGUCUACAAGGUGUUCAGCAAGCGGCUGCAGCCCGAGGGCCCCGAGAGCCUCCCGAAAGCGUGCCUCCUGGUAGAGCGCAUGACGCGGCGCGAGGUGGCGGUGUUCCUGGAGUACAAGCACAUGCUGCACCACGUGCUGAAACUAGAGCGGGGGGACCUGGCGGGGAGCCGCGGCGCGGACUACCUCAUCAGCCUGCAGCGCAUGGCGUGCCCCAUCUGCGGGCGCAUCUUCGCCGCCAACGACCUCCAGUUCGCUAACCUGUGGGGGGCGCGCCGCCCGGGCGCCGACAACAAGCACCUCAACAGCCACACGAAAGACGACUCCCCGCUGCACGAGCGGGAAGCCGCGCAGCGCGUGAUCCAGCGGCUGCACGACUGGAAGCAGAACGAGUGCAAGAUGACGGUGCCCGGCCCUGCGGUGCUGCUCGAGCCGCCGCGGCCGGAGGCGCGGCCCGACUUCUUCUUCCCCGCUGGCAUCGUGCCCAACGUUCUGCCGACGGGUGAGCCGCUGCCGGACGUGGGACAGCCGGGAGUGAACAGUGUGCGGCAUGCCCAGUACGAAGCCGAGUACCAGCAGCAGAUCCGGCGAAAUCCAGAGCGGACUGCGGAGCGGAAUCCGCCCCGACGAGAGCCUAAAAUCAUCUGGGACCGGAAAGUAGUCCUCCAGAUUGAGGCUGCGCACCCGACGCUGAAACGGCUGGGGGAGCGGUAUGAGGAGUUGGUUCCGCAGGGGAUGUUUCUACGGCUGUCGCCCAAUCUGCAGCAGCAAAUGGUCACAGUGGACGUGCCGCAACUGCCAUGAAGUGAGAGACCACGAAAGCGGUGUGUGGGCUUCCUGAGUCGCCAAUAAGAUGCCGACGGUCUGUCGUGGAACCGUCCAUGUUAGACAGCUGUACUAGCUAAGCGAGCAAACCAAAGCCCCGAGGUGAUGGUUUUGAUCCGUGGACUGACUGGGAGAGAUCAUUAGGAUGAGCAUUGGCGAAGAGUGCCAAUUCAACGUUCGACUUUGAGGAAUCACUAGAGACCACAAUGAAAAUGAUGCUUCUGGGCUGACUCGGCAACUAUCAGAUUGUAAAAAACAUGCGGUUGCUUGAAACGGGAUCGUUACGAAAAGAGACCAUCGUUCCAAAAUCAUAUGAGGUCUGCACUUGAAUUAAGUUUCAGUGUGCUAUCAUGGUUUCGAAACUGCUGACCUUCUUAGUUUUACGAGAGAGUACUAACUUCUAUAUUCCAAAGUUCCCUUAAUGCACUAAUGAGAGCUAGAGAGCUAACAAU